UUUCUCUCCCUCUUCCCAGCUUCUCCAAAAAAGCUACAACCGCCCGGGCUGCGGGACCGGGGCUGCAGGCAUCCGGUGGAGGGAGCGCACCCCUGCGCGCCUCGAAACAUGAAAGAAUACAGGAAGUCCUGAAUGACCACAAUGAAUACCUGUGCUAAUUAAGUCACUGGCUUGAUACUGGGAGAACAGCAAGAUAUCCACACUUCUAGAAAGCAGAAAUGACCAUGACUGCCAACAAGAAUGCCAGUGUCAACAGCAGAGCUGGAGGGAGUAAAGUGCCUCAGGACACUCUGGAUAGAAAAUCCUUUGAGUUUGAGGAUGCGUCAAGUCUGCAAUCCCUGUACCCUCCCUCCCCAACUGAAAAUGGGACUGAGAGCCAGCAUAAAUUUGGAUCCAAGAGCACUUUAGAAGAAAAUGCCUAUGAAGACAUUGUAGGCGAGUCACCCAAGGAAAACCCGUACGAGGAUGUGGAGCUGAAAGGCCGUCACGCGGGCCGAAAAUCCCAUCAGCUCUCCGAGAAUUCCCUAGAUUCUUUGCACAGGAUGUGGACGCCGCAGGACAGGAAAUACACAUCACCUCCCCAGCUACCUUCAAAGCCCAGCAGCCAGUCUCUGCGCGUCGGGAACUGGUCAGAAAGGAAGAGCCACCGCUUACCACGGCUGCCCAAGCGGCACAGCCACGAUGACAUGCUGCUGCUGGCUCAUCUUGGCAUUCCCUCCUCCCCUUCCAGCCUCAAUGAGGACAGCCUGAGUACCACAAGCGAGCUGCUGUCUACACGGCGGGCCAGGAGGAUCCCAAAGCUUGUCCAAAGAAUCAAUUCCAUCUACAGUGCAAAAAGAGGAAAAAAACGAUUGAAGAAACUUUCUAUGUCCAAUAUUGAGACAGCAUCCCUACGAGAUGAGAACAGCGAGAGUGAGAGUGACUCAGAUGACAGGUUUAAAGCUCAUACCCAGCGUCUAGUACACAUCCAGUCAAUGCUGAAGAGGGCUCCAAGUUAUCGAACCCUGGAACUGGAGCUGAUUGAAUGGCAGGAACGGGAGUUAUUUGAGUAUUUUGUGGUAGUGUCACUGAAAAAGAAGCCCUCUAAAAACACUUACCUCCCAGAAGUGACGUAUCAGUUUCCUAAGCUGGAAAGACCAACCAAGCAAAUGCGUGAAGCAGAGGAGCGUCUCAAGGCUAUCCCUCAGUUCUGCUUUCCUGAUGCCAAGGACUGGCUCCCUGUCUCCGAAUACAACAGUGAGACCUUCUCUUUCAUGCUGACUGGAGAAGAUGGGAGCCGGCGGUUUGGUUAUUGCAGGAGGCUGUUGCCAAGUGGAAAAGGCCCACGCCUACCUGAAGUUUAUUGUGUCAUCAGCCGUCUGGGGUGCUUUGACUUAUUUUCCAAGAUCCUGGAUGAGGUUGAAAGGAGAAGGGGAAUAUCUGCUGCCUUGGUUUAUCCAUUUAUGAGGAGUCUGAUGGAAUCUCCUUUUCCUGCACCUGGAAAGACAAUCAAAGUCAAAACCUUUCUGCCUGGAGCUGGAAACGAGGUCAUUGAACUGCGACGGCCCAUGGACUCCCGCCUGGAACACGUGGACUUUGAAUGCCUUUUCAAGUGCCUCAGCGUUCGUCAGAUCAUCAGGAUCUUUGCUUCUCUCCUGCUGGAGCGGCGUGUGAUUUUUGUAGCAGAUAAGCUCAGCACCCUCUCGAGCUGCUCGCACGCCGUGGUGGCCCUGCUGUACCCCUUCUCCUGGCAGCACACCUUCAUCCCUGUUCUGCCCUCAUCCAUGAUUGACAUCGUGUGCUGCCCUACCCCCUUCCUGGUGGGACUGCUCUCCAGCUCGCUGCCCAAACUGAAGGAACUGCCAGUAGAGGAGGCUUUGAUGGUUAACCUGGGAUCUGAUCGAUUCAUCAGACAGAUGGAUGAUGAAGACACACUAUUACCUAGAAAACUGCAAGCUGCUCUGGAGCAGGCUCUAGAGAGAAAGAACGAACUGAUAAAUCAGGAUUCAGAUAGUGAUUCAGAUGAUGAAUGUAACACCCUGAACGGAUUAGUGUCUGAGGUUUUUAUCCGAUUCUUUGUGGAGACAGUUGGCCAUUACUCCCUGUUCCUAACCCAGAAUGAAAAAGGAGAGCGUGCCUUCCAAAGGGAGGCUUUCCGUAAAUCUGUGGCCUCCAAGAGUAUCCGCCGCUUCUUGGAAGUUUUCAUGGAAUCCCAAAUGUUUGCUGGCUUCAUCCAGGACAGAGAGCUGAGAAAAUGCAGGGCAAAAGGUCUCUUCGAGCAGAGGGUUGAACAGUAUUUGGAAGAGCUUCCAGACACAGAACAAAGUGGAGUAAACAAGUUUCUACGAGGCCUUGGAAACAAAAUGAAGUUCCUUCACAAGAAGAACUGACUCCUUUCUGCUGAAAUACCAACCCAAAGACUAUUUAUGAUGCUGCGUGUGAGACACCUGCAGCGUUUCGGAGUUUGAUGCAGGAGGACAGCAGAGCAAGCUGACCGCAGCUUUAAGUGACAACCGAUGCUGUUAGACAUUGUGCCAGAUGAUGGCUCCAUUCUGUAUUUGGGUAGAAUUUGUACAUAAUGUGCUGUAAGCUUUUGUAACUGAUUUUGUAAUGAGCAAGGAAAACUGUGGUAAAUAUUUGUAUAUUCCUGAGAAUAACAGGUGCUUUUUUUUUUCUUUAGUAUGAAUUGAGUUAUGCUUGGUGCAAAAAUGACUAGCUGAUUAUGUGCAGCUGACUGUCUCAGCAGAACCACUGACUUCACGGGAUGUUUGUGAGAGCUACACUGAUGCCUGGAUACUGCGGGGAUGAAUGGGCUCGGGUACGUGGGAGAGGUUGUACGCACGGGGGCUGCUUUCAUGUGGCGGAGUUGGUAUUUUUUGUUUUUGUUUUCCUUCUAAUUAAUUUUAAAAGAAAGAAAUAACAAAGCAACUUGAUAACAAGGUACUUGGUUCACAAUACAGAACUUCCACUUGGUUUGAAUUCUGGUCAGUAAACUACUUGUAAUCCAUUCUGCACUAAGACUGCUAAACCUGAGGAGACCUCAGUUCUUUGACAUGCAAGCUGCAACAAGUAGGUACAGUACAUCCUUUCCUCAUGUAUGUAUGUAUGGUUUCUAAUAAACUCUGUAAAUAUACCUGUUUGUUUAUAUUCAUUGCAUACCUCUACAGUUUCUGAUGUUGAGUAGGUACAAAACCAGAGUAAAUUUCCUGUGAUUUUUAAUGAAUUUGUAAUUAAAAUACAAAAUGGUUAUUACAAACCUGUCUUUUAGUAGGUUUGCUAUUUCAUAGUUUUAUUUUUCUUCAAUGUUUUUCACUAGGGAUGAGAUGAGACAUUUUAUAUCCCUGUUCUGCUAAUUUUAUCCUAACAGAAGCACCUCCUAAAACAUUUUUUUUUCCUUUGCAUGGGUUAGCAACAAAUUACUUUUUGUCAUUGUGAAUAUUAUACAUACUGCUCCUGAACUGUGGUAUUUUCAGGUUGGUUUUGUGCUACCUUAGUUAGAUGAUCAGAGCAGAACACGAGCAGCUUGUAGCAGGCAGAGCCUUUGCCUAAAUCUCUGAUGAGCUGAUCACCUGUGGCACCAGACUCUGCUUUUCUUUUGCAUUAGCUGCAGCCUGUCCAGCUGGUGUUGCCAUUUCAGCGAGAGCUCUUCAGCGGGACAGGAAUGGUUAGCUUGCUGUGGCUUGCUGCACAGCUGUGAACGUUACUCAAGUACCACAUUCAUCUCUGAUCUGGAAACAUGACUCCUGUUGAGAUUCUGUAAGCUUUCCCUUAGUCUGAAGAAGAAAAUAUAAAAUACUUGAUUAUAUUUGCAAUUCUGACAGCUAAUGAAAAUAGCUAAAGCUUCUUCCUUUUAAAAAAAAAUCAAACACUGUAUUUUUCUUCAUUUGCAGCGUGAUUUCUUUAGUUAGAUCGGCUUUGAGGCUUGCGCAAUUCCUAACCUGACAGUGGUUCUGGUUUGCUGACAGCCUCAUAGAGCAAAAUCGAGGGAUUAUUCAUUAAAAAGGUGAAGUCGUUUCCUUUCUUGCUUACCUCCCUCACACUCGUGUAUAUACAAAAGCUUGUUAAGUGUAUGUGAAAUGUCUGUAAAAUAUCAAGUGCUUUUGAUUCAACGGAAAUGUACUCACAAAUGUUCAUGUCCAUUAGUUCUCCUCUAUAAUAUGCUGUUAAGUUCCAGAAUGACUUCUAGAUAUUCUUCAGAGUGGAAGGAGUAACUUCACUUGUACAGGUGGAUUCUGGCUAUUUUAUUAACAAGAGCUGCUGGUAAAUAUAUGGGGAAAUAUAUAUUCCUCUUAAGAAAACGGUGGAUAGAACAUCACCAUCAUCGGCUGAAGGAAGUGCUGCAGAGAAAAGAUGCAACAAAGGCAAGAAAAAGGCACGGAAUGCUGAUGUACAAGAAUGAGGCGCUGGAAAAACCAUCUCCCACACUAAAGCUGUUUUCCUCCAUCUGCACUGUAAAAAUCUAAGUAGAAAACUUUCAAACAUUGUAUUACCCAUCAACAGGCCAUUCCAGUGUUUGUAAUGUGAAACAGAGGAGAGUGGGGGGCAAGGUGAGAUCCCAUUUCAAAAAAAUUUGUAGCGGUCUUGAUACUCUUUAACUACAGCUGUAUAAACCAGUCCUAUUUCUGGACAUCUGUGUUUCAAAGCAUCAGAUGAAUGAAAAACAGGGAGAGUAUUAUUUGCCUUUUAUAUUCAUUGUUAAAACUAACCAGUUUUUCCUAGUUGUUAAAACUAAUGGUGUUCCUGAGCAUGGAACAUUACUAGUGAACCACUUAACUGAGAAGGAAAUCCUGAAGAACAAAUCCAGUACCGAGACCCACGCUCUAAAUUGGUGAAGAUUUAUUUAAUGUCUUACGGUACAAAAUACACAAAAGACAAGCUCGAGAAACAAUAACAUUCUCCAGGAAUUGUUCUACUGUGGCAGAUAGUUGUGUUUAAGUACAUGGUAUUUAUUUUCCCAUAGUUAUCGGUAUUUAAUAAAGUGACCAAGGUUGCCGUUUUUUAAAUUCUGCUCAAAAUCCUACUUCUGCCACAGAUCACGGAGGGAAGAGAAAUCAAGUUUUGUCAGUAGUUAAAAGGGCACAGCACCUAACGCUGUCUGCCUGCUAAAUUCACCCCGCUGCUGAGGGCGGCGGUCCAGGGCUGCUCCUCUUCCGCGGCCAGGGCGGCCCGGCCCGGCCCAGGCCGCGGGAGGACCCGGCGGGGCGCUGGUGCGGUGGAGGCAGCCCAGACCGGCGUGUCCCCUGAGGGAGAAGCACAGU